UGUUUUGGUUGAAACUGUAUAUAAACAUUCUUAACAAUAACAGCAGCAGGCGCAGAAGAGCUUUCAUGCUAGUUUAGGCUGCUCAAACAGUAUUUCCCCCCACACGGAUCUGUCGCCCUGACACUAAAAUACAGUAUUCCCUUUUCCAAGGAACUUCCUAGACAGCGCCAUUUUAUCUCCACAACCACCUUACAAGGUUGGGGAGAUUGCGAAUAACCCGAGGGCACCCCGUGAGUUUCACAGCUCACCGAGGGAGGCCUCUCCAGCCGCGGAAGACAGUCUACUCUACUGGCUCAACUCUCUGUAGUCGCCUUUGUUGGACGCUGGAACGACUAUAUUUUUAACUGCUCGCAUUUCAUUGUUUUUGUCGUGUUUCUGCUGACAUGUCUGGGUGAAGAGCGGCUAACAACAACAUUCUCUGCUCUUGUAAUAAAAAAUGUUCAGGAAAGGGAAAAAGAGGCACAGUAGCAGCAGUUCACAAAGCAGUGAAAUCAGUACUAAAAGCAAGUCUGUAGACUCCAGCCUUGGUGGACUUUCAAGAUCUAGUACUGUUGCUAGUCUAGAUACAGACUCCACAAAAAGUUCAGGUCAGAGCAAUAGCAAUUCAGACACUUGUGCAGAAUUCAGAGUUAAAUAUGUUGGUGCCAUUGAAAAACUGAAGCUUGAUGAAAGCAAGAUUUUGGAAGGGCCACUGGACUUGAUAAAUUACAUAGAUGUGGCACAGCAAGAUGGAACGCUCCCGUUUGUUCCUGGGGAAGAAGAGUUUAUUAUGGGUGUUUCCAAAUAUGGCAUCAAAGUCACAACUUUAGACCAGUAUGAUGUCUUGCAUCGACAUGCACUCUAUCUAAUUGUCCGGAUGGUCUGCUACGACGAUGGCCUAGGAGCAGGGAAGAGUUUACUGGCUUUGAAAACGACGGAUACAAACUAUGAAGAAUACAACCUUUGGAUAUACCAGUGUAAUAGCUUGGAACAAGCACAAGCCAUUUGUAAGGUGUUGUCAACAGCCUUUGAUUCAGUUUUAACGUCUGAGAAGUCCUGAAUUUCUACAGCGGCACUUAAUAUGGAGAGAAGGAAGUGCUACGCACUGCAAUUGUAACAACUGGAGACAAGACAAAUAUUUUGGAUGGAGAGCACAUGUGAACCUUUUUUAACUGCAUGAACAUGUUCUUCAAAGAAGCAAAGAUUUCUCUUUGUAAGUAAACGUGUGACCACAAGACCAAAAAGAUGCACCUUGGUAAGGUCAUCCUAAAAUUUUAAAUAUUGGGCUGUAGCCCAAGAUUCUGUCAUUUAUGUACAUGUAAAUAAAAAGUUGGAUUUAAGAUA